GUGUCGGAAUUAAGACCGUCAUCGGAAUAAAGACUGUCAGUCACAGGAUGUUCUAUGCUCUUAUUCCUCAAAAGUCAAUAUUUAUAGGUUAUGUACCAUUUCAAAUUCUUUACAUAAUUAUGAAAAAUACAGAAGCUGAAGAAAACAAUCCAUGUUUAAAAGAACAAGAAUUAACUUAUAAAUGUUUUCAUGAUAACAGUUUCGAUAAAGAAGCAUGUCAAUUACAAAUAGAAAACUAUAAACUUUGUAAAUCUUUUUGGUAUUCAGUUCAAAAAGAAAGGAGAAAACAAGGUGUGAGACCAGUUAUGCCACCUUUAUCAGAGCGGGACAGUAUUAAACGUGAAUUUUUUGCCAAGUUUCGACAGCAGCAGUAAUAGUUUAUGUAAAUAUUUGAUAGCACGUUUUCCAAAUGAUCAUACUCCACCAUCAAUUAUUUUGUACUACUUUUCAACAUAAUACUGGUAACUAAAAACAUCAAUAAAGCAUUUAAAUUGCAGUUUCCAAUUCAAAAUAUUAAAAUUAAACUGUCCAAGGCAGUAAGUUCCAAAGUUAUAGAUAAUUUGUUAUAGUUUUUGUAAAAAUGAAUAUUGUAUUUCUGGGAAUAAAAUUUAUGUACAUAGAGAA